AUGUCAGAUGCCACCGGUUCAAGAAACAUCAGCGUCCCCAUUCAAACCAUGGACUCACCACUAGCACCCGGUUCAUCUUCCCCCUCUUCCUCCAUGGGAGCCAAUGGUCAGACAAGGUCAUUGACAGCUAGCAUUACCGACUAUCCUAUGUUCUGGGGAAGAAGAUACCAUCGAUACAAAGAGGGUGCCUAUCUAUUCCCCAAUGACGAAGCCGAGAACAAUCGCCUGGAUGCCCAGCACAACAUCCUCAAUGAGCUACACGGUCGCUUGUAUUUUGCACCCCUCGAUCCAGACAACACUCGAAUUGUCUUAGACCUGGGUACUGGAACUGGGAUUUGGGCAAUGGAAUUGGCCGACUCGGAGAUGUUGCCCAAGGCUUCCAUAUUUGGCACAGAUCUAUCUGCGGUUCAGCCACUAGAUGUACCAAACAAUGUUCAUUUUGAGAUUCAAGACUGCUCGGAACAAGACUGGGUUCGUCCUUUUGGAAGUGUUGAUUACUGCCAUAUUCGCUUCCUCGCUGGCAGUCUCACCUCAUACGAGGAUCUGAUUAGAAACUCCAAGCGAUACAUUCGCCCAGGCACGGGCUGGAUAGAGUGCCAAGAACUUCAUCCUUCUCCUGUAUCCGAUGACAACACGAUACCUAGAGAUUGGCCUGGCAAAGUCUGGGAUGAGAACCUCGAUUAUGCCUGUACACAAGCUAUCUACCCACCGAGACCCGUCCGCGUCGGUCCCGAUAUCAAAACAUGGAUGGAACGAGCAGGCUUUGUCGAUAUCCACGAACAUAUUUCCAAGAUUCCCAUCGGACCCUGGCCAAAAGACAAACGGUUGAAACGUAUCGGACAAUGGUGGUUGCAAAAUUGGCUGUCUGGAAUUCAAGGCUUCUCACUCAAGUUGUUCAGCUCCGAGGGGCUCAAGUGGUCAAGGGAAGAAAUCGAAGUCAUGCUGGCAGACGUGAGGAAGGCAUUCGCUAUGAAGGAGGUUCAUACGUAUCACAAGUACUACGUCGUCUAUGGAAGGCGACCUUCGGCGAGAGAGGAGGAGAUAUAUUACAAUCAGCAGAGGCAUUCUCGCGGCUGA